GUGCAACAGCUGCUGCACAUGUUAGACCCUGAGAUUGUCCAGUCCGACGAGACGCAGUUCCUUGAGAAAGAUGGUGAGGCCGCAGACAAGUUCCGCAGGAAUCAUACCAGAAGCGUGAUCGACCGGACCUUCAAGGUCCUGGCAACGAAUUGCGCACGAGAGACCUUUGGAAACCCUGAUGAGGAGGAACAAAAGGUCACUCUCAGCGAGCAAUGUAUCCAAGUGCUAAUCACUGCCUCUUUCCAGCCUUUGCUUCGGCGUCAUCUUCGCAGAGAGGUAUCCAAGGACUUUCUGAAGAUCCUGAAAGACCAUGAGACCUUGGAUACUUGGACUUGCAGGGAUGUGAACGUGGAGCUGACCUGGACAGGGCGGCACUUGGACUUGCUGCUCUCCUGCCUGAACACGGCCAGCUGCGGGAUGCGGGAUGGCACAAGGGGAGUUCAAAGGAGUUGUGAAAAAUACUUCAAUUUUUUGCGGCUAAGUCAUGAGGCUUUGCCUUAG